AUGGCGGAGAACGCGGAGAACACGGAACACCGCGACACCGAGAACAACUGGGUGAUCCCCAACACCCGAGGGCCUCCCGGUGGAGACGGUGGGGGAUGAGCGCGGGGAGUCGCUGCCCAGCCAUGAAGAGGUUAAGCCUGCAGGUCCUGAACCGUCCGCCAUUCCUGAGAGAGAGGAGAGGGGAGUGCAGGAGGUGAAGGGGCCCGAAUCUCCUCCUCAGGAGCCCGAGUCUCCUCCCACCGGCACCGAGAUCCCGCCACACCAGGAGCAGCUGGAGAUCCCCCCAGAGGAGGAGCCACAGAAACUAGGGGAGGAGCCAGGACUGCGCAGAAGAUUGGGAGGAGAUCUGGAGGAGGUGAGCUGUUCCAGCAGUGAUGAUGAUGUGGAGGGUCUCCGCAAACGUGCUGCGAGAGGAACCCGCCCACCAGUAUAGGACCCGCCUCCACAGAGGCCGUACAGCAGGAGGCGGAGUCCGGGCUCUCACUCACCCUCAAUAAAUGUAUCAUUGCUGCCUGUGGCCCUGGUGGCUCUUGCUGUUCUGGUGUUCACAGGCGGCCUGGGAGGAGAUGAAGAUCUUCCUCAGACUGUGAUCCCGCGCAGCGCAAGAGGAGGAGCCGAUCACCCGCAGACCAUCGCCGACAUCCAGGAGUGGCUUCAUCAACAUGCCGACCAGUUCACCGGAGAUCCAAACAGCCUUCAGGUUAUGAACGACCUUCUGGAUAAAGUUGCCAAGGAAAACCAAGAGAUCCGCCACAUUCAGGCCAAACUCCAGGCUCAGAAAGAGGAACUGGAAGCGUUGGUCCAAGGCGGAGACGGUGUCACUCCAGAGUCACAACCAUUUGGAGUGACGGAAGAGAACGUCCGGCUGAAAGAGGCUCUUCUCCGAGAAGAGACCGGGCAUCUCUUCGCCAAGGAGGAACUGCAGAACCUACAGGAGAAACUGGAGACCUUGGAGACCGAUAGUGCAGAUAAGGAGGUCUUGACCUCGGAGAACACCCAGCUGAAAGCAGACCUGGAGGCCACCAAGAGCCAGAUCGAGGGUUUCCUGACUCAGAAGGAGACUCUGGUGGCGGAAUCUCAGAUGCUUCGUCAGGAGUUGGACAAACAGCGGUCGUUGGUGGUCUCCCUCAGACAGGAUCUAGAGGGCAUGACGUCCAAUACCACCGAGGGGCAGGAUGCGAAAGGUUUAAAAGGAAGGAUCUCGGAGAUGAGCAGCAGGUUGGCGAUGGAGGCUCAGAGGUCUGAGACGUGGGACAAGAAGUAUGUGGAGCAUGCGCAGAAAAGGAAAGAGCUGGUUGGGGAAGAGAAGAAACCCCAUGGUCGUAAAGAGUGGAAGAAAGGAGAUAAGUGGGGCAAAGGUUCAGAUUCGGCCACACCGGGGGAACAGUUCAGGAAGCCUCACUUCAAACAUGGCAAAGAACAUGGAAAAAGAUGGGUGGAAGAUGGACAGCCGGAAUCCCAGCAUGAAGAAUGGAAGGGUAAGAAGUAUGACGAUAAGCAGCACUGGAGGGAAAAGAGGCAUCGGCACUGGGAGGGAGAGAAAAAAACUGGGACUGAAGAUAAAGAGCGUCAUCCACACGAGUCUGACAACUGGAAGGACAAAGGCAAAGAGAACCGUUGGAAAGACUCUUCUCACCAUCCUGACGGCGAGAGAACCUGGAAGGACAAACACUCUCGCCAUCACCACGGAGAAGCAGCAGAUGGUUUCCAUCCUCGCAAGGGCCAGAGAGAAUUUUCAGAAGCCCACAAACAUGGAGAAGACAAGAGACGGGAACACGGAGACAAAGCCCAUGGCAAAGACCACCGACACCACGACCAUAACAAGUUCUGGAAGAAGCUCUCCGACCAUCAGUACCGAGUUCCAGAAGGAUGCUCCGGCCUGGAAGACUGCUGCGCCCGUAAAGAUGGCGUUGACCUUUUCAACGUAGACCUGAAACCAGUUCAGAGGAAGCAGUUCGAAGAGAUCCUUCAGAACUACCUGACCAAGACGGAUCUCUCCAAACACCUGCCCGGGCUGAUACCUCUCCUUGAUGGCUUCUUCGAGGGGCCUUAUUUCACCCAUCAUAAAAUCCGCUUUAAGGACUUUGUGGAUGAUGUGGAAGACUUCCUGGAAGACUUGGCAAGGAAGGAGACCGGGAAUGACGAUCUCGUGGAUGAUUUUGAGAGAUUUGUCUACACCAACUUCUUUGGAGACGCCGCCAUUAAGAAAAGAUCCGAAAAGAAACACGGCCACCGAAAGAGCUACAAAUCCGACCGCCAAUACAAUCCCGGAAAACUGGAGGAGACUUCCGAAUCUGACCUCAACCAAACGAACCCGAAACCUACAAACAAGAAAGACUUCAGAGUAGAUGCAGACAAUCCGAACUACAAACCCUACAAGGAGAAAUCCAAGAAGGAUGAGGGCCACAAGCACGACUCUCCAAGCCACGAUUAUGACGAAGACAAAAAUGACCACGGAUGGAAGAACCAU